GACUACAGGAGGCAGAGCAGACUUUUUCUGUGCCAGGGAAAUACUUUCAUUCAGUGCACUCUUGUUUCUGUAGCAUUAAUCAAAGAGUGCUUUCCCAAGUUGAACAGUUAGGGAAAUCUAGAGAACAGGACCAUUGUCAUUCAAAUUCAAGUGAACUUUGGAAAAAACAUGAGCAGUGGGGAAUUCCUUACACUGUUUUUGUGGAUACACUGGCUGCUGACCUGCUGCAGCGGAGCUUUAGCAACUACUGAACCAUCUAAAACAAGUCCAACUACCUUAAAGAAAACGGAUUUUAACAAUAUUGAGAGCAAAUUUUCCCUAAGGACCUCAGAAGAACCUGAUGAUGACACCUGUUAUCUAGUACCUGGCCAAGAACACACUGUUGAUCAAUGUAACUUCAACCACACAAGCAAAACAUUUGUUGUAAUCCAUGGAUGGACGGUUACGGGCAUGUUUGAGAGCUGGGUUCCCAAACUAGUAGAUGCCUUGUACAAAAGAGAGCCAGAUUCCAAUGUUAUUGUUGUUGACUGGUUAAAUCGGGCCCAACAACACUACCCUGUUUCAGCAGAGUAUACUCAGUUGGUUGGACAAGAUGUUGCCAGUUUUAUAGACUGGAUGGAUGACGCAGUUCAAUAUCCAAUAGAUAAUGUUCAUAUCCUGGGAUACAGCCUUGGGGCUCACGCAGCCGGUGUUGCUGGAAGUCUGACCAAUAAAAAAGUCAACAGGAUAACUGGAUUGGAUCCUGCAGGUCCUACCUUUGAAUAUGCAGAGAACGCUAUUAUUUUGUCCCCUGAUGAUGCAGAAUUUGUAGAUGUCCUCCAUACUUACACUAGGGGCUCUCCAGACCGUAGUAUCGGUAUUCAAAAGCCUGUAGGACAUGUUGACAUUUAUCCAAAUGGUGGAAGCUUUCAGCCUGGCUGCAAUCUUGGGGAAGCACUCCGACUUAUUGCAGAAAAAGGAUUUGGAGAUGUGGACCAACUUGUGAAAUGUUCUCAUGAACGCUCCAUUCAUCUCUUCAUUGAUUCUCUCUUGUAUGAAGAAAAGCCAAACAUGGCCUAUCGCUGCAGUUCUAAAGAAGCUUUUGAAAAGGGACUUUGCUUAAGCUGCAGGAAAAAUCGUUGCAAUACACUGGGUUAUAAGGUCAACAAAGUUCGGGGAAAGAGAAGCAGCAAGAUGUACUUGAAAACAAGAGCACAAAUGCCUUUUAAAGUUUUCCACUACCAAGUUAAAGUGCACUUCUUCGCAAAGAAGAACUUGACUGUAACUGAUCAACCUUUCUUAGUUUCUUUGUAUGGAACCCGUGGAGAAAGUGUAAACAUGCCAAUCACAGUACCUGAAAUUUCUACCAACAAGACUUAUUCAUACUUGAUCUACACUGAAUUAGACAUUGGAGAUCUUCUGAUGUUGAAAAUAAAGUGGGAAAAAGACUCCUAUUUCAGUUGGUCUGAUUGGUUCACCACUUAUUCAUUUGACAUCCAAAAGAUUCGAGUGAAAUCUGGAGAAUUCCAAAAAAAGUUAGUUUUCUGCUCUAAAGAAGGCAAUUCUGCCUCAAUGCAGAGAGGAAAGGGACCUGUAGUAUUUGUGAAAUGUAAUGAACACUCCAGAAAGAAGCAAGAAUGAUGUGAAACACUUUUGCACAAUCUAUUUGCCAAUACUGAAAGGAUAAAGCCAUCUUCGCAACUGGACCUACAAUCUCUAUAUAUAAAAUCAAAUUCCAUUUAAUAUGAGCAAUUGUUAUAUGUGAGGGAAUUGUUGUACUGAAAGAACACAUGAGACGUUCACAACCCUAGAUUGUAAUGCCACUUACUGCAAAUAUUUAUUAUAUAAAAAUAUUUAUACAGUUAGAAUAUAUACAUAUAUAUUCAUGUAUUCCUAUGGAAAAUCUAGAUACAUACCUAUAUAUGCACUUACUUUAAGGAGGUGACUUGAAACUGCAGACUUGCACUCCAUGAAUUUAUUUGGAGAUAUUUGAGAAUAUACUGUGACAAAAUACAUUCAUGCUGGGCAAGGAAAUUUACCAUCUAUUAGUGGGGUAAUAUUUAAAGACAGGUUAUAUAUACUUAACAUAUCAUUGGUGCCCUGUCACCAUUCCUAUUUAUUUAUACAUUUGCAGUAUUUGAUUUUAGAGGCAAAUUAAUGCAGGUGUUAGGCAAGAACAACAAUUAAUUCUCAGUUAAAUAGGUGUUUAAUACUACUACUUGUUGCAAGGUUAUUCUUUGAGCUUGAGGAAUAUUCCCUUUAGACAGUGAAAGAGAAUUGUUUGAUUAGGCAUGUGAGAAAUGUGCUACCUAUUGUGGGUUUACAUAGUCACGCCAAACGUAUUUUUGGUUUCCUUUUAGAAAUCACAGUUAUGCAUUUAUAGCUGGCGUUGUUGUUAUUUUAAAGAUAAAAUAUACUCUCUCAUGCUAGUGAUAACAUUUUAACCCAUUUAGUUUCUCUAGGAAAGGCAACUGUAAAGCAAAGUGACUCAUUUACUAAAAGAGUGCAAAAUUUAAAAAUCAGAGCAAUUAGGUAUGUUUUUACCUUUGCAACUUUCCUUCUAUGAAGUCCAGCAUAACAACCAGCUGAAAUCACACUGCACACUGGCAGGACAUGGAUGUUCUUAUACACAUCCUUAAUUAAGGUGUAUUUCUAGUGGUGCAAUGCUGAGGGCCUUUUGGCGCAACACACAAAGGGAGUCUUGAAUUAAGUGCAUUUUGUACUUUGUGCCUGAUGCACGAACGGCAUAUGGUGCUAUACAGAUUAACAAAACAGUCACAAGUGUGUUUGGCAUGGUAUAUUACUGCACUUAUUUCAGUGCCUUGUGAUAGUAAAUAAGCCCUUUUAUUUACGUAAACAGAAAUCUCCUUCACUCCAUAUAGCUAGUUUUCUAGAGAAUGACGGUUUUUCCGCAGAUGAAGUAAAAUGAGUGCUCCCACCUAUAUAUGUGCUGCAAAUAUAGUAAUUUGUUACCUGUGGUCUCAUAAUUCACUGUAUUGGGGCAUUACAAAGAAAACAAAACAUUUAAUUGAAAACAAUUCUUCUGAAAUUCACCUUUUAAUCAAAUGGUCAAAUGCCAUAUUUGCACUGGAGAGAUGUAACCUGCUUAUAGUUAGUGUUGUAAUACUGGAAAUUCCUGCCUCCCUUAAGUUGCUCAAUAACAGAGACCCCAUUAAUCCGAUCACAUCUUUGUAUUUUUGUAUCUAUAUUGACUGAUAUGUUUGCAAAUUUAGCCACUCUUGACAAAAUUGGCAAUUUAUUAGCUUGUGUAUGGGGCAAGUCUGUAUAGGGCCCUGUGAGCAGAUCAUUUGCCUGGGUGGUACAUACUACAAAUAGUGAUGGACGAAUAAAUUUGACAGGCGCAAAUUCACGGUGAACUUCGUGUUUCGCCGAUGGCGAUUAAACUCGCAAAACUGCAGAGAAAAUUUGUCGCCAAAAAAUCAGCCGGGUCAAAAAUUGUAGCUCAUCAAAAUUAUUCAGACACCCAUUGACUUUAAUGCAUUUGGCCAAAAUAGGCACGUAUAUAAAAAUUGUAUAGGGCGUCAAAAUUGAUGCAUGUCAGAAUAAUUUUGACGCCCAUUGACUUCAAUGUGUUUCGCGGAUUUUUCACCGUUUUUGGCUAAGCAAAACGGGACAAAUUCGCCCAUGACUACAAAGCAAUUUAAGUAGAAAACAGACACACAUGCAUCAAGUUUAACCUUUUUAUGUAACAAAAACUUGCCUAACUACUAGUAUUACGGCUACCUUAAAUUACACAAAAAGGCAGAAUUUUCACAGAUAAUUCCAAUCUUGCUCUAUCUGUUAUCAGACCCCAUGAUGUGUAGCUGACAGCACAUCCUGUUUUUUUGCCAAUGAAUAAUAUAAAAUCUUGUUUCAUGUUACAUGCAGUUAUGUUACUAUAGUUUAGCGAAUCAGUCCAUUCACAUCUCAUUUAAGGUCAAUUUGAGUUCACACUUCAUUUGCAUUUAGCAUGUUAAUUAACAGAAAUGACUGAGGACAGAUUUGCAUUCUAUGAAUGAGUUUUAGCUAAAUGAAUCUCUUCAUUUUGCAUUUCUUCUUUAAUAUGGAUGAGCCCUGAACAAAUGCAGAAUGCUGAUAUUUCUUGCAUUUUCUUUUAGUGUGUAUUUGUCAAAUGAUUUUAGCAAAGAAUAUAGUUUAUUACAAGGAGCUGGAGAUGAUCACUCACAAGACUGUUGCUAAUGUCAUGCACUUUUGUAAAUGGGGCAUGAUCUAUUAUCUUGUGUUGAUAUUUGUAAAGUAGAAUUAAUAAUCUUUCAAAUGAUCUUUCUAUAAUUGAAUUUUUAUAAUCAAAUAAUAAUAAGAAUUUUGUAGAAUAGAAUAUUUUUAUUGGUCUUUAGGGAAAUUAAUUAUGGAAAUAGCUACAGAGGAGGUUAUAUCAAGUUAAAAUUUAUCAAGUUAAAAUACUAGCGCUUUAAAGUCCAAAUACUUGUGUUCAUAAAAUAGUGUUAACUUAAAAUUAAAAGGCACAUUUACAAAUGCAAGUGCAAUGCAAAGCAGGAAAAGGAUGCAAAUUGCCAUAUUUUUACUCACAAUGCACAGUGUUUCUUUUUAGAAUUCCAUUAUUGUAGCAGGGACCUGCUACACAGCUUACAGCUCAAGGUUGUAAUGCAAGUAUUUGUUAGUAUGCUUGGCAUCACUGUGGCUAUGAAUGACAACAAUUACAGCCUUAGCAGCAGUAAAUAAGUGCCAAAUUUUUUUCUUUGUGAAAUGAAUCAUUAAAGGUUGUGAUUAAAUUCAUCAAAACAAAUUGUGUUCUGUAUAUGUCAUUUCAAAAAUUUAGACUUGCUUUUGUAGUUGGAAAUUUGGGGUUGUGCUUUGAGAUUCUUUUGAGUCAGAAUUAAACUGAUAUAUCUACGUAAAAGGUUUGACUGUUACGCAAUAAUGAAAAACAAGGUUGUGUUAUUUAUUUACUGUUUAUAUGUAGUUUAGUGUAAGAUGUAUUUGUAUAUAUUGUAGAGCUAUAAAAAAUAUUUUUUACUCUCUUGUGUAUAUAUAUAUUUAGUUAUUUUCAAAACCCUGCAUAUAUAAUUACAUAUGUUAUUAUAAUGUUUUUGCUCUUUGGAAAAAACCCCAAAAAAAAACAAAUAAAGAAUACCAGAAAACACA